AUGAACAAAUAUCAGCCCAUAAGAGCGGGCUCUGGAGGAGGGGGCCGAGAGAGACUGAAGGGGGAAUUGAAAGGAGGUUUUGAGGAGGUGUUCAGGGGGAGUGGGGGAGUGGGGGAGGGAGGAGUACAGGAGGGGGGGUCCAUGGGCGGGGCCGCGCACACACCACCCCGCCUCCCCCAGUACGAGCGCCUCUCACUACCUGUUCAGUGUCCACAAGCCUCUCCGGUGCCAGCGACGCACGCACGCGACACGCAAGCGGACUCAAGCCGAAAGUGA